GAAGAAAAUUCACAGCAGCGCAUACAUUAGCCCCGGGUGUGUGGUGGUGUGCGUGUUACCAUUUUUAUGCUCCGCGUACGCAGAACGAAGCCCGGCAGGAGAGCGUAUGAAGAAAUUGUCCGAGAACAGAUGGGGAAAAAAAGCUGCCGCACCGUAUUUCGUUCGGUCGGUGCAUGUUGGAUCGGGGCGCGUCGGGCUUAGUGUGCGUGAGAUCGCCUGUAGUGCUGAUGAGCGUGCGUGCAAGAGAGAGUGUGAGAGAACGAAAAACGUCACACGCGUAAGCAAGCUGCGCCGUGUACCGAGCGCAGUGUAAAAAUCGCAGUUGACAGACAGUGUUUUCUGUGCGUGUGUGUGUUUGUAUGCACGAGGGUGUGAAGGAAACGGGGAUGCGUUAGAUGAUUUUUGACAUUUUAAGCUUCUUCGAUCGUCGUCAACAGCAGCGCUCUCUGCGGUGGCUUUUUGCGGAUGCGCGUACGUGUGUGUGCGUGCGAUUUCUUCGGCCAGGGCACACCACCACCACACCACCACAGGGCGGCGAAGAAGCAGAGAGCAAAGAGCAACAGCGAAGCGGCUGUUGCUGCUGUUCCAACAGGCAGAGGCUGCUGGGAUAGAAGAGCAGGUUCAAUUCUCAGUCCAUAGCAAACCGCUAGUGUGAGCGCACGCGGGGUGAUAUGCGCGCGCGUUCGAUUGUGUGUGUGCAUGUAUGUGCGAAUCGCGUUUUAUGUUUUUAUCUCCGCCGUCCCGGCACAUCGCCACCGUCCGUCUGCUACCAUCGUCUCCUGAAUGGGUACGCAUAGAAUCACUGACAGGCGAGAUUAUUGUGUGUGAGGCCCGUCUCGUCGUGACACUGGCGGCGGUGUUUGUGUGAGCAGUGAGAAAGCAGACAGCAGAGCAGAGCAACACAACAGUGACAGCAUCAAACACGGUGAGAAGCAACAGACGGCGAGGUUGAAGUUUAUGCUGCUAUCCUUAUAAAGCAACGGUGAUCGCUUGACGCAGGACAUUUACUCGCCUUGUGGGAAGCGAACUAACCCCCCCCCGCCGCAUCCGGACACCGUCAAUGGUGUUGCGCGCGUGGGGCCAGUCUCAGAACCACGAUAUGGCAUCCCGCGAAAAGAAGGCCCGCUCGGUGACCGCAGACUCUCCCACCCCAUCCCUCGGCAGUGCAAACAGUGGAAGCAACAGCAACAUCAGUGCCCUAGCUCCCACCACCCCAAGCGGCGGAAACACAGCAUCUUCGGCGACCGGUGGAACCGAUUCCGCCCCAACGACUCCAACGUCCACACGCAAAGGAACCGCCACCGGAGCAGGAAACGCAAACCCCGCCAGUGUUAACGUUGGGGGCAGUGGCAGCAGCAGCACGUCGACCUCCACAACACGUGCAUCCUUGAGCCGCUUGAAGUCCAAACAACAGCUGCUACAGCUGAACAGUGCCACCGGUGGCGAUGAGACAGGAGCAGCGAUAGAGGAUACAGGUGUCGUUGACUCGAUCGUAACCACUCCAUCCCGCACGACACGUGGCGGUGGAGCGUCGAGGGAAGAUUCCGCUGGCAGAGAUUCGCCGGCAACGUUUGCCUCCUCGAAAGACAAAGAUGACACCGUCACCGUACCGACGGUGAACGCGCCAAAGGACGUUAGCAAAUCACCCGCAAUUGGUGCACGGCGUGGGGCCACAUCGAAGGCAGCAGCACCUGUUGCUUCCACCGCGAACGCGCGUAAAAAUCGCGUCGUCACCCUGAAGCGCACCACGCUGCUCAAGCGCAAAGGGAAAAAGAUUAUCGGUAAACCAAUGUUGGGCAGGAAGGUGGUCGCACGCCGGCAGCUGGUGGCGGCCGCAAAAUCUACCGGUACACGUGGUGCGGUUGCGGCGGCCGUAGUGGUUGUCAAAAAGGAAGUCAUCUCACCGUCGACCUCCAAGGAGAAGGAGGAAGAGCUGCUUAGUACGCCUAGCUUGCGUAACGGUAAGCCACGCAACUCGGACAGUCCGGUGGCUAGGCGCAAGUCAGCGGCAGUACUGAAGCAGGACAGCAAAUCGCUCGAAAGUUUAACCGUUGGCUCGUCUGCGAUCAAGCUGGAACGAAGACGGUCUGGGUCGGUUUCCAAAUGUUCCGACAUGACGGAAGAUGGUGAUGGCGCUGCUGGUGCGGACAUCAAGCGGGAGCUUUUCGAUUUCGAAUCACGCAGCAAAAUGUUGGACAAGAUGGCCGAGGCGUUUAAUGAGCGUAAAACCGGUGGUGGUGCAUCGCCGGUGGUUGGCGGUGCGAAGGAUGAUAAGGCUCAAACGUCCGGUGGUACGCUGCGGCGAAGUAUGCGCCAGCGGAAGAGUACCGCGCGCGACAAGGAGGAUUUCCUGUCACCUCGCGGGAAGGCGGGCAGUGCGUUGGACAUCAAGAUUGAACCGGCCGAAUCGCUUGAAUCGCUGUCGGUCGAUGGAGACGGCGAGUCGGUGACGGUGGCUUCGGUGGCCGCUCCGCUCACGAUCGACACAACGGAGACGGAAGUGUCGAUCGGUACCGAACAGUUGCACAGUGACGGAGCGGCCAGCAGUUUGGGUGGCGCUAGUAGUAGUAGUAGUAGCGGUGGUGGUAAUGCAGCUGGUGUUACCGGCGAGGAGGAGCAGGUCGUGGGAAAGGAUCCGUCCCUCAGUCCGGGCGAACUGGUCAGCGAGGGAGUGUCGGAGCAGAGCGUGAAGGAGUGCUACGGUGAACCCGCCUUCCUGGAGAACAAUCUGGGCAUCGAGAAGGAUCCGAAGUUGGGCGAAAUCGUGCAGGAACGCUUCCGGUGCGACAAGGUUAGUGAUGAUGUGGACGCAAACGCGGAAGAACCGAAGCAGGAGGAGAAGAAUGCUCCGGAGGAGGAGGGUGGUGUCGCUAGUGGCAAAGACGAUGAUGAUGAUGGUGGUGGUGAUGUGACGAAAGAGGACAAUGUUACUCAGGAGGAACAGGAAGUGCCGACCAGUAGUGCUACGGUCAAACCGAUUGAGGUAGAGGAUGAUGUGGAAAUGGCAGAGGAGGGGAAGAAGCUGGAGAGCGUAGAGGAGCAGACGCCUAGUGAUCAGGAGGAGGGUGAUAUACUGCAGGAGAAGUUGGAAAUUGUAAGUAACGAUGACAAAUCGGAGGACGAACUUAUGGAGCAGGACAGUGGUGUGGUGGUCACGGGUGAGCUAGAACAGGUUAACAAGAACGGUAGUGAGGAAGCGAAAAUGGACAUUACGGAAAAGGAAGACGAGGUGGUUGAGUGUGCAAAAGAAGCCGAGGCGGAUGUUACAAUAGUUCUGGAUGAAGCUGAGGAAGUAGCGGAAGACGCGCUAAACAUUGUCGAAACUCCCGCAAAGAAGGACCCUGUGGUGGGGGAAGCAAAGGAGGAGGAGAAAAAUGAAUCCCAACCGACGGUAGAUGAAGAUAUGGAACAAACUUCUUCCACCCCUGAGGUGGCCCUCGACGCCGUUGAAGUGGUCGACGCGAACCAAACAACGGAAAAGGAGUCGUCGGCCGCGUCCUCCGCUAUUCCCACCGCUGCCACCGUGACCUGCAAAACGAAUGGCGAAAGCAAUGGUGGCAUCAACCAGCAACAAUCAGCACCCAAUCAACAAACAUCACGGGCGGUGGUAGCAGCAGCAGGUCAGCAUAAGCCACCACCGGCCACCGGUGUGACGACGACUCCCAAAGCCACCACAACAACCCCCGGCGGCAAUGGCAGCAGUGGUAAAGAAUCGAAAGCGAAAGCCCGCACCACGAAGGAGAAACCGAAGGACGAUGAAAAGACACGCGAGGAAAAGCUUCGACAGGAGAAGCUCCGGGUGGAGGAGAAGGUACGCGAGGAGAAGCAGCGCGCGGAACGGCUCGAAGCCGAAAAGAGACUGAAGGAGGAACUGUUGCAGAAAUCCCGCCUUGAGAAUGGUCUGGAUGAGGAAGGCACUAAGAGUGGUGGCAGCAGCCCAGCGGCAUCAACUGUUGCCAAUAAAGAAACCAAGACUGAGCUGAAGACGACGACGGCGGCAGCAGCACUCCUAUCGAUUGGGGGAUUAAAUCUCCCAGCGAUCACAAUCGCCAUCACAAAGAAGGAUAAUACAAGUGGUGGCAGUUCGGCGGAUGAGAAAGAAUCGAACGGCGGCAGCAGUGGCUCGGUCGUGGGCAAUGCUCCCAAGUCUGACCUCGAGAUACUGCCGAUCAAGACGGAUGGCACGACCGGAACACUGCCAGCCGUGGUGCUCCUGUCGAAGGACGAAAAACCAGCCAAGGAAGGCGGUGCGGUCGCUCCCUCGUUGGCGGAUUCGGCCGAGUCACGGUUGCGGAUUAUCUCGCAGAGUGAGAACGCAGCCGCUGCCGUCUCCGUGAGCGAACCGAAGGACAGCAACAAGUCGUUGAGCAUAAUCAAAAUUGAAACUAGCAACGGGUCACCGGUGACCGUUGGAAGUGGUUCUCCUACGCCCGCCACCAGAAACAAGAAGGAAUCGUCGGAAGAGCGGAAAACGGUCCUGCUGGAUGAAUCGGAUGACGCGGCAAAACGGAAGGAAUCCCAUCUGAAGCACCUGGGGCUACUGACGAUUCAGGCCGCAUCGGAAGAGAAGCAGCGCCGGGCCGAACAGAAGCCAACGACUUCGAUGUCCACCGACACCCUGCAGGACGGUGGUUCAACUGCUGGGUGCGGGUCCGUAGCUGGAGCCGGCGAAGGUUGGCUAUCAUCCGGCACGCAUCAAACGGGCGGUGGACGUUCCAGUACCGGUGGCAAUAAAUCAUCUCGCAGCUCGAAGGACGAAUACACGGUGUCGAUGAAAACCGUGGCGAAGGGCAGCGGAGGUGGUGGUGGAGCACGGGGCGAGAAACGCAAGCAGCAACGGAUGCCGCUGAAGAUGACGUUCCAGAAGGGCAAAGGGAAGGGAGCCGUGGCGGCUGGUGGCGGUGGUACGACGGCAACGGGCCGUGACUCGUCGAAUGGUUCCGGGACGUCCAGCAACGGCAGUGGAUACGCUACGGACUCGGGCAACAACGGUGACAACACGUUCUACACCGCGCACAUUAACGAGCUGGACCAUCACUCGUCCAACUCAUCCGAUGGACAUUCGCACCGUGAGUCGGGUGCUGGCCGGAAGGCGCACAGUCGUUCCCACACUACCGAUGGUGUUAAUCCAGUAGAAACGACUAGCGAAAACGUUUCCUCGAAGGAGGUGAUCCAGAAAUCGCUCGUGAUCCCGGAGAAAGCUUCCUCCUUCAAUGUGCACCCGGAGCGGCUCUGCUGGGACCAGUGCAACUACUGUGGCGGCAGGUUUGGACUGUACGACACACCUUGCCACGUUGCCGCCAUUAAAUCCACCGAGCGGCAGCAACGAAUUCUGCUCGCUACCUUGCCCAAGAUUACGCUUGACAGUUGCCUGUGCGAUGCCUGCUACCGGCACGUCGAUCGCAAAGCAAACUGCCCGCCGCAGAAGAAGAAAUCCACCACCAUAUCGCAGACGAGCUCGGUGACGAACGCCGCUAGUAACAGCAACACCUUCAGCAGCAGCACCCAAUCGACCGUAUCGCCGCUAGUACUUAAGGUUACGACCAACAAGGACGGUUCGACGAGCAUCGCCGCCGAACAGCCGGCAGCCGUACUGGUGGACGAUGGUUCAACGGCGGGCGGCAAGGCGCGCGAGGUAUGUGCCGUGCGCCAGUGUGCGUCUCACGCGAUGCAAUCGUUGCGCCGCAAGUGGAUGGUGAAGAUGAAGCGCAAAAUUGGCAAACAGCUGGACAUCAAUCUCGAGCAGGCGGCCAAGUCGACCGCCGAAUACAUCUCCAUCUGCAACAAGCACUACGAGCAGAUAAGCCACCUGAUGAUAUGCGCCAUGUGCACGAAACCGCUCCAACGGAACCAUGUGUACCAUCUGUACAAUAACGUCGUACAGCUGGAGCGCUUGAUACAGGAGCAGGGCAUUUCGCUGAGGCUGAGCAGCUCGGAGCUGGUCGUGUGUAAAUUAUGUAAAUAUUAUGCUAAUUUAUUGAUUAAGCCCCCGGAAGCGAAAACAAAAGGGGCCCAAUUCGUUAAGGACUACAAUCGAAGAUUGUACAACUAUCGCCAACGAGCGGCAGAAGAGCAGCAGCAACAGCAGCAACAACUACAGCAAGAAGUUGAUGCAAUGCGCAGCGUCGAACCGACGGCUGCUGCUGCACCCCGACAACGCGCCACACUUCCUGUCACAGACAUCGUCAUUUCGGAUGGUGACGAAGACGAGGAAGUGGUAGAGGAGGAGGAAGUGGAGGAGAGUCCCGCACCGCAGCAGCAGCCGGUCGUAACGGCCGAGGCACGGUACCAAACGUUUGGCAAUUUGUUCUCCAUCGGUGACAGUUCCGUGUCGGUGAGGCGACGCGUCAGCAACCGGAAGUCGCCCGAUGUGUCGAUUGUGGAGAACAAUGUGGCGUCGCAGAUGGGUGAGCUGGACGAGAUUAGCAUUAUACCGACGACCAAGUCGCUGACCGUGCUGAACCAGCAGCAGCAGCAGCAGCAGCAGGCAUCGCAAGACGAUAACAUCGACAUGACGAAGGUGCUCAAAUCGAACCCAAACAUUUCGAUGCGUGAACUGUUCCCGGGCGAGGAGGAGCUGGGCAUACACGUGCACAUUCCAUUCAGCUCUUCCUCGGUGCGAACGCCCGAGGGCUGGACGAAGGUAACGUCCACGAUGCAGUACGACGACAGUACGCGCGCACUGUGGGAAGAGCUGCAAAAACCGUACGGCAAUCAGUCGAGCUUUUUGCGCCAUCUGAUCCUGCUGGAGAAGUACUUCCGGAACGGUGAUUUGGUCCUGUCGCCACAGGCGAAAACUAACGCAACGACCUACUCCGAAGCGGUACAGAGCCGGUUGCGCUCGUACGAUAAUAUACCGUCGUCGGUUCCUACCUCACCACCGGCAUUGGCUUCGCUGACGCCGGUCACCGCGAACGCGGCACCGGAUAAGACGAGCAGCAUAUUUCAGCAGUUUAGCAGUGCUACUAUUACUAUCGUUCCUGCUAACAAGAUUCGCCCUAAGACGGGUACAACCACCACCUCCUCUGCUCUCUCGAUGGUUGGCAACGCAUCGGACGUUACUCCCGUUUCGCCACCGGCUCCCGUCAGCUUGCUGAAAUCGAAUAAUCUACACCUAACCAACAGCGAGCAGACGACGAAAAACAGUCUCAAGCGGAAGCUGUCGCACGAAGGUGCACGAACGUCCGGCGGAGGAAACAUUUCGUUCAGUUCCAGCACGGCUUCCUCACCGCUGAACAGCAGUGGUUCGAGUGUGUCGAAGGUGGUCAAGCUGGACGAACCCAAGGUGCCGCACUCGUCCCCACCAGAGCUUAUCAGCAUCAACUGCAAGCCGAGCGUAACCAUCACCAGCAUUCCGCCGGGACACACCGGACCUCCAUCGUCCGCAACAGUAACAGCAACCACGCAGAAACAGUUGUCACUGUUGAAUCAAUCCUCCCAACAAUCGUUGCUGCAGCCGAUGACGACGGCACUGAUGGCGAAGAAAUCUCCCACGGCCACCAUUACCAACACACCCGCCGCCAACACCAACACGGGUGGAAAUGCAACGCGAGAAAUCAUCCAAAUGCCGGAACAACUCACCGAAGCAGAACGCCGGGAAUCAUCCACGCGUCCCUGGCGACCAACACUGCUCCCGAUAUCACCCGGCGUGUCGGAAACGCUUAAAUCCGGCCCACUGUACCAAACGGCUGACGGACGACUCCUUCCCAAGCUGGUGCAGGUCAUGUCCGGUGGCAAACCAUAUCACAUCUCGAUCGAAGACUACAACCGUAUGUGCAUCCUGCGGCGCGAAAAGCUGCUCCAACAGCAACACAACAUGAUCCAGACGGCUAACAAACGGCAAUCGCAGCUACCCCAACCGAAACCGCCCCAGCAGCAGCACGUCACGCCCGUCAUACCGCCCGUGCCAGCGCUACGAUUAGCCAGCACGUCGGUGGAAAACACCCUGCUCAACAAUGUGCCCACCACAUCCGGAGCUAGCGGCGCCGCCGCCAAGCUGGUACAGUUCCCUAACCAGCUGUUGGAGCAAAACUCACUCAUACCGCUUUACGGUGGUGUUGGCGGCGGCAAGAUGGGAGGAAGUUCGGCUCCGAAAAGCAGCAGCAGCAGCCUCACAGUAACCAUGACGCCAACGGUUCACAGCGCCGCCAGCAAGACCGCAGCACCGGCGGUCCCACCGACGAUGAAGCCACUCUCCCUGCCCAACAGCACCACCGUCUUCCCGAUGAUGAUAUCCGCCAACACGAUCUCCCUGCCCUCGCUCUACACAUCCUCCUCCGCUGCCACGCCGUUUGCCGGCGGCAGUGUGACGACACACAGCUCGGCCACAUCCUCCACCAACAACAACAACAACAACAGACCUGCUCCCACGGCGGCAAACUGCUCCUCCUCCCUUGUGCUAGCGCAACCGACCAGCGUCGCGGCGACGAUCAAUCCGCUGGAUCAGCUGCUGAAGUGUGGCAAUCUGGUGACGCAGGCGCAGCUGCAGGAGUUUGUGGCCGCGGCGACGGCCGCGAACGGAGGUGGCGGUGGUGCCCAGCUGGACAGUUCGCCCGACCAGCUGCUGUCGAAGAUACCAAAAUCGCUAACUGUGAUACCACAACAGAAACAAAGAUCAAUGUCACGCGUUUCCUCGCAUGAGGACCAAAACAGUGCCUAGAGACAGAGAGAGGGAGAGAGGGAGAGAGAGAGAGGGAGAGGAAGAGAAGAAGCAGACGAAAAGUGUAAGUAAGCUACAAAACGAGAACAAAACAAAGGUAAACAAAAGUUUGAAAACAAAUCACUGAAGGGAAACAAAAUAUUAGUCAUCUAUAUACACACACACACACACACAUGUGUACACGGCUAUACGUGAGAGACGUAUGUAUGGUAGAAACAGGAAACUAGCGAGACCUUUCUAGCGCAACUAACAUUACCUUACCUAAACUGCCUGAACCUGACCCUGGGACACAAACAGCACCAGGUAUCGCACACACAGUGAAGUCCCACGACCACCACCAACAACAAUCCCCCCCCCCCGGCGCCCGCCCGUACCACCGCUCUAGAUAUGAAUUGUUCUUUCAUACUCCUCUAGUCAUUAAUGCCUCUUUAUCCAUCAGAGUGUUUCCCUUCUUCACCUCUUUUCUCAUAUGUAACAGCUGCGUAAACUAGCUUUGGUUAAGCUAUCGUGAAGGUCAAGCAGGUGUGAGACACUCAGUAAAUACGCGCUGCAUAACAUAUCGUGUGUAAAAAGCAAUCCCUAUUGGUAGGUCAGAUUAGUAGGUGAAAGCGGAGGGGGCCUAAUUGUUCACACACAAUCACAAACGGACCUUCGUUUCUCACACUCCAGACUCCUUAUACUCUCUUACAUUACAACUUUAAAGCAAUGAAGCUCUUGCCAAUAUGUUUCCUUUACUUCUGCACAACAGUUUUUGUGGUUGCGGUCACGUCACACUAAUGACACCGAACCACCAAUCUGUUUUUCUUUGGAGCAUCGAAGGUAAAAUCAUACCAUCAAACGGGGCAUCUAUCCCUUAACAUUCCAAUAGCCAUCGUAAGGAGGAUAGCCACACCUCCUUUUCAUUUGUCCCCAAACACCAAUCGGUCCCUCUAUCGUCAGUUAUUUUUGUUUGCUUUGCACGUUCAAUGAGAUUUGAGAGUUACAGCAGUGUGGGUGUGUGUGUGUACAUUAAUUUAAUUUAUUACUGCUCCUAUUAAAGCGCAGUUAACGUUUGUAAAGAUUUAAAGAGGGUGAGCAGUUGCUUUGAAAGGAUUGAUUUGUAGUAUUACCACCGGAAGAGAAGCAAAAACAUGCUGCGCUACUGAAUUGAGCUUCAUUAGUACACACACACACACAAGUCCAAAUUGGUGGACGAUAGCAGUUUAAUGAGGUAGCUUCGUAAGCUAGUGUUUGUGUGCGGUAAGGAUGGACUUUAGUUUUAAUUUGCUCGCCUGGGUUCAUUUCCACAAGCGUUCCAUCGAAUCGCGCCUGUUUUGUUGUAUUAUAUUUCACACCUCCAUUUUACAUCAUGCUUUCUAGUUGUAUUAGUUGUAGGGUUGUACGUUCAUCGCCUUGUGGGGUACGACGAUCUCUUCCUAAACUGCUCACUGGUGUGCGUGUACGUGUGUAUUGAUCGCUCACUUCCGGCGCUCCGGCCUGUCGAGAUGACGGAGCGCCGGAAUGCAAAUCAUGCCAAUUAACGAUUCCCUGAUCCACAACACCUUGUCUUAGUCAGUAAGCUGCUUACGAUAUUGGCGAUAGGACGCGAACGGCCGCGAAAGGAGAGUUUCGAUUCCUUCACUGAAAUUGUGUUUGUGUGCGCGAUAAGACGACAACAUCCCGAAGGAUUGGGAACAGAGUACAUAUUUUAUACGAAAUCCAUAUAUACACAUACACAUAUAUAUCUCUAUACAUAUACAUAAGGACCGCGGAAUACUUAGGAAGUAUAUUAUUGCAAACAUAUGGCUGGAUACGAACGUUUGAUCCCCUUGUGCACAGGGCACAUAUACAGAAAAAGGAGCAAAAACUGGAAUAGACUAAAUCAUUAACACACGAAAGCGAGAGAGAGAGAAAGAGAGAGAGAGAGAGCUAGUGGAAAAACACAAGUCAGUCGCAUCCUUUAGCACUAUUUGAAGUAUAAAAAUAAAGUUACAGUAAGAAAAAAAGUACAAAAGCA